AGCUCCCAGAAGGCUGUGCGCGGCGUGUGGUGAUGAUGUAUUGGGAUGUGUGUUGUGGAAGUGGUGCUGAUCCGGGGUGUAGUGCCACCUGGUGACGUUGGCAGUACCUGGCGGACAGGAGGAGAUAUGGAAGGUGGUAAGCAGAGGAGCGGGCGGCUGUGAGGAAAAUUAAGCCAUGUGCAAAAUAAGGCCAUCUGGAGAGUCUGAUUUUCAAUGUCAUCAUUGCCAGUAGCAGAAAGAAGCCAUGAAGAUUUACAUUGUGUGGGUUUUACCUCUGCACCUGUGUUGCCACCUGAUGCAUGCAGCGGAGCAUGAAGGGGUAGCUAAACAUGCCAUCAAGCUACAUCGAGGCAAAGGAGCAACAGCCAGCCAGAAAAAGGAGUGGCUACUCAAUAACUGCCGAAAAUUGUCUGGGCUACUUCAUCAGAAGCAUGUGGUGCUUAAUAAACUAAAAAAUGCUAUCAAAGCUGUGGAAAAAGAUUCCGGAUUGUCUCCUGAAGAGAAACUCUUUCAAGUGCACACAUUCGAAAUCUUCCAAAAGGAGCUAAACGAGAGUGAGAACUCUGUGUUUCAAGCAGUUAAUGGGCUACGCAGGGCUUUGCAAGGAGAUUACAAAGAUGUAGUGAACAUGAAAGAAAGCAGCAGACAGAGGCUGGAAGCUUUAAGAGAAGCUGCUAUAAAGGAAGAGCAAGAAUAUGUGGAGCUUCUUGCAGCUGAAAAACAUCAGGUGGAAGCCCUUAAGAACAUGCAACACCGAAAUAAAAGUCUUUCUAUGCUUGAUGAGAUUCUUGAAGAUGUAAGAAAAGCUGCUGAUAGGCUCGAGGAAGAGAUUGAAGACCAUGCUUUUGACGACAAUAAGGCUAUACGUGGUGUAAAUGUGGAAGCAGUCUUGCGAGUGGAAGAAGAUGAAAUGAAAAGGAAUACAUCUCAACGCCAAGUAGAUGAUGACUUGGGACUCAGUAUGCUUAUUGACUCUCAAAAUAACCAGUACAUAUUGACCAAGCCAAGAGAUUCCACUAUGCCCCGUGCUGACCAUCACUUUAUCAAGGAUAUUGUUACUAUAGUAAUGCUAUCUCUUCCUUGUGGAUGGUUGUGUACAAUGAUAGGACUGCCAACUAUGUUUGGUUAUAUCAUGUGUGGAGUUCUUUUAGGACCAUCUGGAUUAAACAGUAUAAAGUCUAUCGUUCAAGUGGAAACUCUCGGGGAGUUUGGUGUCUUUUUCACCCUUUUUCUUGUUGGUUUAGAGUUUUCUCCAGAAAAACUGAGAAAGGUAUGGAAAAUAGCUGUGCAAGGACCAUGCUUAAUGACUGUUCUGAUGAUUGCAUUUGGUUUGCUUUGGGGCCACUUCCUGCAAAUCAGACCUACUCAAAGUGUUUUCAUAUCAACUUGUUUGUCUCUGUCAAGCACACCCUUGGUAUCCAGAUUUCUUGUGGGUGGGUCUCGUGGAGAUAAAGAUGGCGAAAUUGACUAUAGCAGUGUACUACUUGGCAUGCUUGUAAUGCAGGAUGUCCAGCUAAGCCUGUUCAUAGCUGCAAUGCCAACUCUUAUUCAAGCAGGCGGGAACACUUACUCCAGUGUAGUCCUGGAGGUUUUCCGAAUACUGGCACUGAUUGGACAAAUCCUUUUUUCCUUGCUUGCGGUCUUUCUUGUCUGUCUUAUUAUGAAGACCUAUCUCAUUGGACCUUAUUAUCGAAAGCUGCAUACAGAAAGUAAAGGAAAUAAGGAAAUUCUGGUCAUGGGAAUUUCUGCAUUUAUUUUUCUUAUGCUCACGGUUACUGAACUACUGGAUGUAUCAAUGGAACUAGGGUGCUUCCUUGCUGGAGCUCUUAUCUCUUCCCAAGGACACAUGGUCACAGAGGAAGUUAUGUCAUGCAUUGAACCCAUUCGAGACUUCCUGGCUAUCAUAUUCUUUGCAUCUAUAGGGCUUCAUGUAUUCCCAACAUUUGUAAUUUAUGAGUUGACUAUUCUGUUGUCCUUAACGUUAACAUUGGUGCUAAUGAAGUUUGUUUUAGCUGUGCUAGUCCUGUCUUUGAUCCUGCCAAAGAGCAGCCAGUAUAUCAAGUGGAUUGUAUCUUCUGGUCUGGCCCAAGUCAGCGAAUUUUCUUUUGUUUUAGGCAGCAGAGCCCGCAGGUCUGGGGUAAUUUCUCGCGAGGUUUACCUCCUCAUCUUGAGUGUGACAACAUUAAGUCUUCUGCUGGCACCAGUCCUGUGGAGAAUAGCGAUCACCAAAUGUGUACCAAGACCAGACAAACGGCUAAGCACUUAAAACUAUUGGUUAAUCAGUUCUGCCCACUGGUGCAACAUAGUGUGGCAUAAAUCUACAGUAUAUCAUAACUCAUGUUUUUCAUUGAGAACCAUGUAUUCAACAAACGUAUUCUUUUGGUUGUUACUGGAAAUAACCAUUUCAGAUUUGCCCAUGGUUCAGCUUACAUUACUGGUACAGUGACUUCCUGGAGAUAAUCUUGAAAUUUUUUUCCUCUAUGUGCCUUUUUUAAUAUAAAUCUUAUUUUAAUUAAUUUCCGUUAAAAACACAGUCUUUGAAGUAUUUUUUUAAUUGCACUACCAUGCUAGGCCUGCUGAAUGAAGGGGCAGGUAAAUUAAUAAUGGAAAACGGAGAAGCUUUUAGGGAGGUUGUAGAUUGUUAUGUAUUUGGAAUGAAUAUUUCAUUGUUAUUUCUAAGACUUGCUAUAGUUCUAGACAUCAUUGAGGCACAGUGUCCUCUUUUGGGGCUGACCAAGCACCAUGUUCUCUGCAAUCACCUAUACAGUAUAAUUUUGCUGAAUCUACUGUGUUGUUGAAAUCUUUCAUACAAAGGGAGUUUAUAUAUGUUUUUGCUUUUAUAUAUUGUUUUUUUUUUUUUUUUUAACAUUAAUAGGAAGGGAAACUGGUCGGCCUGUAUCUGAUGAAAUUGCUAAGGUUGGCUUUAUAUGUUUACAUUGCUGUGCCCAUAAAAGUUUAGCUAUCCCUGCACACAACAAAAAGCAUUUUAUUUUUAUGUAGAUGUCUUGCCUGUUGCACAAACCCUUAACAGUUUAACUGCUGGUAUUCUAAAGUACUGACUGUUAUUCAAGCUACACACAAGUUUUCAUUUGAAAACUCAAAUUUUAAAUUUAAUGCGAAAAACAAUUAUAACAAUUUUGAGUUAUUGAAAAUUUGAUGUAUAAUCUGUGUAUAAGUCUCAGAUUAAUGAAGCAGCCUAGCAUGUCGAAAAAAUAUCCUUUAUCAUUUUUGAAUUGGCUGCAUAUUAUAAAAUUGCAGAAACUAUAUUAGUAUAAUACAAAUACGAAUUUGAAGGUUUUCUACUGGGAAAACCUUUCAACCAUUCCAGUGUAUAGAGACCAAAGGAAGUAACAGAAUGUUACCUAUUUAGAGGACACUAAAGCUCUAUUGACUGCUGCUAUUUAUCAGCCAUCCGGACACUAAGACCAAUAGUAGCUUUUGAAACUUGUUAAAUGAGAAUGCAAAACAAAUUAAUAGGUACGUAGGCUGUUGGGAAAGGGCAGUGGGGGGAGGAGUGGGCAGCUGUACAUCCCCCUUUUUUUAUAUAUAUAUAUAUUUCUUUGUCCAUGUUUAAUACUCCUGUUUGAAAUAUUGCUUACACAGAUAAAUAACACUUCUGUGAAUAAAUUCAGCUAGGAGAAUAUACACUGCUCAAAAAAAUUAAAGGAAUACUUUGAAAACACAUCAGAUCUUAAUGGGGAAAAAUAUCAUGCUGGACAUCUAUACAACUGGGUAAUGUGUUAGAAACGAAAGGAUGCCACAUCGUUUGAUGGAAAUGAAAUUGAUCAAACUACAGAGGGCUGAAUUCAAAAACACCCCAAAAAUCAAAGUGAAAAAAUGAUGCGGCAGGCUAGUCCAUUUUGCUGAAAACUCAAAAUGGUACUCGGUAGUUUUUAUGGCCCCCACGUGCUUGUAUGCAUGCCUGACAAUGUCAGGGCAUGCUCCUAAUGAGAGGACAGAUGGUGUCCUGGGGUAUUUC